CAGCCAGCCAGCCCCCUUGUUGAAGCUACGACCAGCGGCCGUCGCGAAUCACGACACCUCCCUCACGGCCCUAUACCGCAGCCGCCUACCCACCCACGCACACACAGACCGGCAUCGUUCGCCGCCCUCACACGAUGCUGUCAUUUGUUCUCAUCCAAAACCGGCAAGGCAAGACGCGGCUCGCCAAGUGGUACGCCCCCUACAGCGACGAGCAAAAGAUCAAGCUCAAGGGCGAGGUGCACCGCCUCGUCGCCCCGCGCGACCAAAAGUACCAGUCCAACUUCGUCGAGUUCCGCAACAACAAGAUCGUCUACCGCCGCUACGCGGGGCUCUUCUUCUGCGCCUGCGUCGACACCAACGACAACGAGCUCGCCUACCUCGAGGCCAUUCACUUCUUCGUCGAGGUCCUCGACGCCUUCUUCGGCAACGUCUGCGAGCUCGACCUCGUCUUCAACUUCUACAAGGUCUACGCCAUCCUCGACGAGGUCUUUCUCGCCGGCGAGAUUGAGGAGACGAGCAAGCAGGUCGUCCUGACGCGCCUUGAGCACUUGGAUAAGCUCGAGUAGAUGGGGAGGGGGG